CACUUCUACUUUACCAGUACCUGAAAAGAGUUUUCGUCAGCUGAAUGAUAUAAGACAGCCUGAAGUAGUUGAAAAGAUUUUGAUUAGGCGUCAAAAGGGUAUUACUUCAGGUAUCAACCACUACUGUGAUCUUAGUCAUGUUUUUCCUCUCUGGGCCUCAGUUUUGAUAUUUGCAAGAGAUAAGAGUUGGAACAGAGUCAUCUUUCUGGCAGUUACCUUAGUAAUCUCAGGAGUCGGCAGUAUAUCUGUAUACCUGGUCACACCUCCAAACCCUGCAUCUGGACCAGGCAGUAUGGAAGGAAGCCUUUGCUGGGAAAGGAUGACCAGAACCCAACAUGGAAAGACCUUUCUUUCCCACCAUUUCCAUCAGUCACUCCCCCCACGGCUGGGAUGGGGCAUGAUCUUUACUCCUUUGAAACCAAGGAACAAGGAGGAAUGUGCCUCUGUCUCCAGUGUACCUCCAGUCUACCACUUUAGCCCACAUCGCUGUGUGCACCUCAAGAACCAAUAUCUGAAAAAGGCUGCUACAAACCUUACCUUCUCUGAGGAGGUGGUGUGGCAGCGAGGGCUUUCCAGCAUCCCUUUCAGCCAGUACAACUUUGACCAUCUCUAUAAUGCAGACCACAUCAUGCAGCCUACCCAGAUCAGGAGGGCCCAAUAUGAGAAACCUAUCAGCUUCAAGUUCUUGGGUUCGUCAGGUCCCUCAGCAAGGGUCACCUCCCAGGCUGUGAAGACAGAAAGCUCUGUUGAACGUAAGCAGCUGAAGGAAUCAAAGCCAGCAAGUGUAGUCCAGGAAAAACCUUGCCCUCUCAUCCCUCAUUCCUUCAGGGAUCCGGACGUGCUAGGUCUGUCACUUUCUCCAGAUGUGAACCUGGAAGUGAGGGAAGCCUGGCUUCCACCUCCUGAGAAGGAGGCCAGAGCCUGGGAAGCCAUCGUGCUGGAAAAGGUGAACAAGCGCACUGCCCGAUGGAUCCAGAGCAAGCGUCCCCUAAGGUCUCGGGUAUCCCCCAACAAGUGGCAGAGCUUUCUGCACCAGCAGUACGACUGGAGCCACAUCCGGGAUGAGCUUACUUCCACCAGUGACCUGGAGCUCUUGAAACAGCUGGAAGAAGAAGAAACAGCAGAAUUUGAGAAUCAAAGUGUUACCCUGCCAAUCCAGGAGAAAAAGAAGCCAGAGCUGCUGCUUCCUGUUUACUAUAGAUUGCCCAAUUACUUGCCUCAAGUGCAGACAGGUGAACCUAUGCCUGGCAACAAUAAGACUGCUGAGGGUAUCAAAGGAAAGAACAUCUGCCAGCCCCCGAACCAGAGGUACUUUCGACAGGUGAAUCCUCGAGCUGGAAAGUUUGCUUACUCCACAGACAACACCUUUGAACAGGAAAUAUACUUUGAUAAAGUCCAGGUCAUCCACCAGAUUGGUGCAAAGAGAGACCAUAUUUUCCUGGAAAACUUCAAUAGGUACAAGAAGCAGCUCUCCAAAGUUUUCCCUGAAACCCCAGAAAGGUGGACUUCCCAGCCAGUUCCUGAAGCACCCUGCAGGCCUGUGCAAGGAGUCCCGCGCUGGAUUGCUCUGCCCACCCCAGUCAAGGAUCUGCUGCUCCAGGUGGAUGAGGAGGAUGUGCCCAUUAAGACCAGGAGGCUGAAGAAGCAGGAAAAAUCCCAGGAGAAGGCUAUGACUUGGGAACUGGUGGUGCUGCAGCGGAUGCUGCAGGAAUGGAAGACUGCCUGGGCUCUGAUUACUGAGUGGCACCAUGAGACAGUAGAGGGCCUGCUACGGGGCUUGGGGGACAUGCAUGAUGACAUUCGGAUCCGAGCCAUCAUCACAUGUGCUACAGCUGCUUUAGAAAGGCCCCGGAUUGCCACCAGCCAAGGGGACUCAGACAAAGAGACCGUGAAGGCCCCAUCUAUCAAGGACUUGCCAGAGGUUCUACAGCCUGCCCUGGAAGCUGCUCUUUGUGAUAAAAAUGCCAAUGUGCGGAUGGCAGCAGCAGUAUGCCAAUAUGCCAUACAGUCACACAAUCCCCUUGCCCGGGACAUCAUGCAGACUGCCCUUUUAAAGGGUAACAGCGUGGACAGCUGGGCUGCAGCUCAGUGCCUGGCUCUGGAAGGUGCUGCCACAUACCCCGUGAUUAAGAGGAUCCUCCAGCAGCUGUUUAACAAGAAGAAUGAGGACACUGAGCAUCAGUCUUAUAUGCUCCUGAGCCAUCUCAGUGGGGAGACAACCCUGAUACACACCAUGCUUGCUGUGGAGCUGAACAGCCACCAGUGGAAGGACCGGAUUGUGGCCUGCCAGGCUCUUGGGCGGAUCAGUGGAAAUGUCAGUUUGGAUAUGAAACAUAAGUUGAUCCAGCUGAUGCUGAGUGACUGGAAUAAGGAAGUGAGACGUGCAGCGGCCCGAGCUCUGGGGCAAAUGAGCCUUGGGAAAGAGGUGCACGACACAAUCAGAGUCAAGCUGAGUCAAGGAAAUAUCCAGGAGCGUGUGGAAGCUCUCUCCCUUAUUGGUGGGCUCAAGCUCAUGACCGCCAAGCUUCUCCCAAGUUUCCUGAAUUGCUUCUCUGAUGACUUCAUGGUAGUUCGGCGGGCAGCCUGUUUGGCAGCAGGUGCCCUGCAGAUCCGUGAUAAGAUGGUCCUUGAAUGCCUUUUGAACCUGAUAGAGAGAGAUCCUUACUGGAAAAUCAAGGCCUUUGCCAUUCAAGCUUUGGGUCAGAUUGGCCAAGUGAGUCCCCAGCUGACAGACCUCCUGCUCUGGGCCAUCCACUAUGAAGAGUCACCAGGUGUACGACUAGAAGCUUGCCGUAGCAUCCUAGCCCUCAACCUCCAAGGGGACCGGGUCAGGGACACCUUCCUAGAUGUGCUGCUCCUAGAGAACCAUGAGGCUGUUCUAAAGGAAAUUCACCAGGCCAUGAAGAUACUCAACUUAGAAAACGAAGGAAACCAAGAAAUGUUUCAGGAGAUCAAGAACAGGAUUCAAACACUAAGCCAAAAGGAUUUGCUGACACAGAAAAUAUUCAGGAUGGAGAGGGCCAUAGGAAAAAUGAAGGAGGAAGCAAAACGUGUCUACUGGCAGCCCAAGGAAGGGCAUAAACCAUUGAAACUCCAUACUUUUCUACAACAAACUUUUCAGGAUGAAGUGGUGAUUCCUGGAAAACCAUCUGAAAUUUGUGACAUUAAAGCAAUCAUAAAGCCUGUCAGGCCCCGCACACCAAAUCCGUGGUCACAGAGUCCAGUCCUGGGCCUAAACACAAGAAGCAGAGGUCAGCCAUCACCUGUGAAAGAUCUACGCACUGCCCGGGAAAAAAGGAUCGUGAUGGGACCGUUUGGAUCUGACAGUCCAGAUCUCUAGCUGGUGACACUGUUAUCACCAGAAAUAUAAAAAGCAAUAAUUUCCACCAUGAAUGCCUCAGAGCUAUGGAACACAGGGAAAAAAGGACUUUGGGGGAGUAUCAGCUAACCACAAAACAAAAUCUUUCCUUUCCCUGAUUCAUGUAACCCAUGUUUUUAUUUAUUCAUUUAUACAUUCCCUCCAAGUGAAAUACUGAUUCAAAAAGUAUCAUCAUGGAUAUCAAAGUUAUUUCCACUUCUAUCAAACCCGAGGAUUCUGGAAUCUGGCUACCAUGAGGCAUUUGAGACAAUAAAUAAUUCUGUACAAGUA